GCAGACUCGAGUCGCGGCUACUUACGCGCCGCACUCAUCGCUCCGGGCAUCAGUGCGCGCCCAGUGCUCAACCGCAGUAGAUCGCGAAUUGGGAAUCGUGGAUGGGGAUGUAUAUGAACCAACGUUAGAGUGUAUAAAUCUGUUUUUCAAUGCGAAAGAGAUACUGCUGAAAAGCGCACAAAUAUUUGCACAUCAGUUGAGGAGAGCUGCGCCCCAGUCCGCAACAGCGACUUCCUGUCCGGGCCACUUACGGCUGCUAAAUUCGUCGAACACGUGCUGCAGCGUCUGCGGCCUGGAUCUAAAACUCCGACUCCGGUUUUAACUGGAACUUCAAUCAGGAGCCGUAUUUUUUGUUGCUUCAGAGACCAGAACCGUGCCACCUCCAGCCGCCAUGCACUCGCCGGGGGGCAAAGUGUCGGGCUAUGUCGCCCUGAUGAUUGUGCAAAUAAUUUUCCUGGUCCUGUUCUGGCUGUUCGUGCGUUACGAAAAGGAACUCCUGCCGCCGGCAAUCGAUGCCGAAGACGCUGGAUCAGCAAAGGAACACGUUUCAAAAUAUCCGCAGUUCCAGGACAUCCAGGUGAUGAUCUUCAUUGGCUUCGGCUUCCUCAUGACCUUCCUGCGGAAAUAUGGCUACAGUGCCACCGGCUUCACCCUGUUCAUGGCCGCCCUGGUGGUGCAAUGGUCCGUGCUGAUGAAGGGAUUCCUUCACAUGGAGGACGGCAAGAUCAGCCUCUCCCUGGAGAACAUCAUCGAUGCGGAUAUUGCCGCCGCAGUUCCUUUGAUUAGCAUGGGCGCCCUCCUGGGCAGGACCACGCCCAUCCAGCUGCUCUGCAUGUCCAUCUUCGAAGUGGCUCUGUUCGCCGCCAACGAGUAUCUGGCUCUGAAUGUUUUCAGUAUCUGCGACUGUGGCGGCUCCAUCACGGUGCAUGCCUUUGGCGCCUACUUUGGCCUGGCGGUGGCCCUGAUGCUGCGUCCCUCGAGUGACCAGAACGAGGCCGGAAAGCUGGAGGGCGCCAGCUACACAUCGGACAUUUUCGCCAUGAUCGGCACCACCUUCCUGUGGGUGUACUGGCCCAGCUUCAACUCGGUGCUGGCGGAGGGAGCCGGCGGCGAGCGAGCCAUUUUGAACACGUUCUUGUCAUUAGCCGCGGCAACAGUGACCACCUUCGUUGUAUCCGCGCUUGUCAGCCACGAGAAUAAAUUGGACAUGGUGCACGUGCAGAACUCGACUCUCGCCGGGGGCGUAGCCGUGGGCACGGUGUGUAACUUGCUGCUCGGCGUCCAUGGAGCCGUCUUAAUUGGCAUUAUCGCCGGCACGGUCUCGGUGCUCGGCUAUCGCUAUUUAACCCCCUGGAUGACUGCCAAUCUGCGGCUGCACGACACCUGUGGAGUGCACAACUUGCACGGAAUGCCGGCCCUGAUUUCCGCCAUUGCCUCGGCCAUUUACGCUUCCAUGGUCACCGUGGGCGACUAUCGAUCGGAGCUCCAGGACAUCUUUCCGGCUAUGGUGGGAACCAAUGGGACCGAGACAAAAAUCAUGGGCGGUCUUGCCCGAAAUGCCAGUUCGCAGGCGGGCUACCAAUUGUUGGGCAUAGCUGUGACCCUCCUCAUUGCUAUCGGUGGAGGCAUUUUAACAGGUGUCGUUUUGAAGUACACCAGCUUCCGGAAUCUGAAGAAGGACGAACAUCACCAGGACGAGCAUUACUGGGAGGUUCCUGCUGUGGAGAACAAGGAGGAAUAUUUAAAUAUGCUCGCCAAACUUUUGGAUGAUGCGAAUGCCGCCGAUGCCGCCGCCGUCGCAGUCGCAGUCGCCAACUAUGGCUCCAACUCCGAUUCCCAGGCUGCUGCCAACUUUAAUUGGCGCCCGUUCCUGCUGCGCAACUGGAAUGCAAUUGUCCCCGCCAACAAUUUGUAUGUGCGCGGAGCUCUGCAUUAGAGCCCGCUAAUUAACUGGCCCAAGACAAAGUGCUUGGCUAAUUAGCCGACUUUUGGCCACCGAGACACUGAGGCAACGAGACACCAAGACCCACAGAUGACUGUCUCGGAUCCAAUUUCUCGCCAGUCCGAUCCGGUCAUCUUGGCCGGCUCAGCCGGCGAUUAGCGCACCUGGCGCCCAAGGCAAGUAAUCGCCGGACAAAAGCGAACCAAGAAUAAUGUCUUUCAAACGACUUGCGAUAAGCUGGCGGCCAACUACUUAACUUGGCUUUGUCACCACUCACACACACAAGAAGUCCAAGCAGGACACAAACAAGACAGAAUAUAAACAAUGCCCAAAAGGCAAACAAUUACUGGAAAAAGUUCAACAAGUUUCAAUAAAAAUUGUCAGCCUGUCAAAGA